AUGGCAUCCCGUAAUCCUGAUACAGCCUUUCACGCACCUGCCCCGCCCACUAGAAAGGAAAAACCUCGGGCUCACUUGACGCUCGAGGGUCAUGAAGAUUGGGUACAUGGCGUGGCUGUCAUCCCUGGAACUCAUCUCCUCGUCACCGCCUCGUCUGAUAAAACUCUUCGACUGUGGGAUCUAGUCAAGGGGCAACAAGUUGGAAAGCCCCUGUUGGGUCACGAUAUCGGAGUCUGGACGGUUGCAGCAUCUCCUAAUGGGCGCUGGAUUGUGAGCGGAGCGACGGACGGAAGCAUCCUGGUCUGGGAGGUGGCGACGCAGAAAAGCGUGUCCGUAUCGUUCAAGGGACAUAAGCAAUGCGUUUCGAGCGUCGCCUUUGCGCCAGACAACAAAACAUUCGCAAGUGCAUCGGAUGACAAAACGGUGUGCGUUUGGCUGAGGGAGACAGGGAAGAUUAUUCUUGGACCACUCCAAGUGGGCAGUAAUGCGUGGUCUGUUUCAUACUCCUUCGACGGGAGCAGGCUAGCAGCAGGAACUGGGCAGCAUAUCAUGAUUUGGAAUACAUCCAAUGGGAAAGAGCUCCUCAAGAUAGAACAACAGGCAGUUGGUGUCGCAUUUACUCCAGAUGGUCUCCGUCUGAUCAGUGGAUGCAUUCACGACAUCCGAAUAUCAGAUGCCAUAACCGGAGACGUCAUCAAACAGUUUGAAGCACACACUGAACUCUUUCAAUCGUUGGCCAUUGCGCCCGAUGGCACCAAAGUCGCCAGCACAUCAAUCGACAGCACGACACGCUUCUUUGACCUGACUACGUUUGAACCCAUUGGCGAGCCAUUGGAGCAUCCUGAUGCCGUGUAUUGCGUGGCUUUUUCCGAUGAUAGUCAGCUUGUCGCGACUGGUUGUGAAGACACGCAUCUCCGCUUGUGGACAGUGCCUCAAUGCGAUUCAGACAAGGAGUCUAAACAGGUGAGAAAAUCAUUCACUAGUUAUGCAUUGUUAAUGCUAACCUGCAGUACAGCCCCAAAAGGUUACUUAAUCUCCCACAUGUAUAUUCGUACAUACUGA